GCUGAAGUACUCGCUGAACCACUGAUAUGAUAUAUGUAUACAUACACAUACAUAUACUAUGAGUAUAUAGGUAUAUGUAUACAGUGCGCCGAACGAUGUGGUAGCCGAUUGCUCACUACUUGGUGUUGUCAUUCAUGUGUUCGGUUCACCUCGAUGACAGUUCUAUCAAGAUGCCCGGGCUUCGUGCUGUCAACAUUAUUUAUGCAUUUUACUCAUUGACCAUUAUCGUUCACGGUUCUUCUCUGUAUACAGAAUAUGCGAUGGAAAGUCCUAAGAUUUGUCAUCUCUAUAGCUCUAAGCAAACUAUCAAGUUGCCCGAUGCAGAGGACGCAGCGGUUAUCGUUAGGCCUAGCCACAUGUUUGAUCCCUGGACAACUAGCGUUGACAAGUUUUGCAAAUAUGUAUUUAAAACAAGUCGCCAUACAGGAUUAUUUGCAGUCAUUCAAAAUAUGUCAUUUCGACGUAAUGGAAAUGAAUGUUUAGAUUGGGUCCAGUUCAAAGAAGAUGGUAGGAAAAGCCCAUGGUUCUGUGGUGUUUUGGAUCACAGGGAUAUGGCACAUCAAUCUUUACCGGAAGCAGAUGACAGUAUUGAACUCUCAAAUUCAUUGAGGUGGAAUUCUUCUCGUCUUGAAUUUAAGAGUCCGAAAGGUGAACUAGAGACUCGCAUAUUCAUUUCCAAGGAGAAACUAUUGCCUGGCGAAACUUUGGAUCUCAGCAUCGUUUAUACACCUUACAAAGAUUGUGACAAAGUAAAGGAUACCACGAAAUACCGGAUGAACUCUAGUAAUUACUGCAUCUGGGAGAAAUAUUACUGUGACGGCUAUAGAAAUUGCCCAAUCGAUACUUGUCGGGAUGAGGUGGGAUGUGAAAUUGUUAGCAAUGGCACAGGCACCAAGGUCACCGUAGGUGCGGUAACUACCCUUAUUUUAUCCUUUCUUUUGUUCGUGAUGUGCUUGUGGACUUGUCGCAAGCACAAAAAAUUAUGUUGGUCUCCGGAUUGUGCUGGACCAAAUGCUGGAGCAACGAAUGCGCAGCCUAUCAAUUUAAGAACAAGGGACUCUAGCAGUCGUUCCGUCGUUCCUACGGCUCCGAUGCUGGAUGAAGCAUCUUCCAGACCUGUGCAUGACAAGGAUCUCCCGCCAAGUUAUGAUUCAUUAUUUCCAGAGCCAUCAAUUCCAGCUGCCACGUAACUUGACAGCCAAAUGUUUAAACUGAGUCAGAAAAUAAUUCAUUCUCUGCGAAUAUUAUUUCCAGAGACGAAUGGGCGUGUGACCCGUCAACUGCCCGUCAAAUACAGUUUUACAGGUGAAAGCACUUGCCGAAAUGAAAAAAUUCCUACAACCGAUUGACCGGCAACGGAAUUUUUACAACGGUCAAAUAACAUGCUUAUUUUUGACUUAAAAUUCUAUCGGCAUUGUUCUUAAAUUCCUCCAUUGUUGGUCAAACAGACGGACGCAGUAAAAAUCUGAAAUAAUAGCGGGACUGUCAUAGAGUGAUCGUCCCUGACCGGUUUAUUCUGACACCCAACGGGUCAGUUUAGGAAUUACAGUAAGGAAAACAGAUCUAGUUCUAAUCCAAUCGAUAUUCUGCAAUACCUAGGUUGUCACUAAGACUACUAAGUGGGAAGUUUGUAAAUACAGCAAAUGUCAGUGAAUCUUAUUCAAUAUAACUUCGGCUUAAGGGGCCAUUGGAGGUAGACCGCUUUGAAAAGGCUAAUCGAAGUUUCUCUUUACCGAAAUUUUAGUACAAUCUUUACAGAUUCUUUCACUGUAGAAUGUACUUUUACCGUCAUUCCGACAAAACUACAAAUUGUAUUUUCAAAGCGUUCUGAGGAUCUCGAAGAUUAAUCGAAAGUAAUACUAUAAAUCUAAUGUAAUAUAGGUAUGCUGGUAACAGAAUUUUAGAGCUUCCAGCGGGAUAGUUUUUUAAUUAUUUUUGUACUAAUAUUUGAUAAAAUUUUAUCAAGACGCUACCUAGUGCGUCCCCAUUAUUGAUACGACGAAUAUAAUACUCUGAAUUACCCUAGCGUACCACCAGUCUCGUAGUGUUGAGCCACUGAUCAAUUUUUACUUCGAACUACUUAUUUGACUGCGGCUGCUAGAUAUUAUUCAAUAAUGGUACUUACAUUGGCUUUGUCUAUAUCCGCUUUACGCAUAGAUCUGAAUAACCGAUCAUGACCCUUAUGUGGAGUCGUUGCCAGUUAUUUAUAAAUAUGUAACAUUCGCACAAUAGCACUGUUUUUGAUGUUAUUUAUUUAUUAUUUUUUCGUUUCUUCUACCAUAGUCGAAUUUAGGUCAUCGUUUGCUGGUAGCGUUUCUCUAACAUAGUUCACUCUCAAUUUGAUUAUAAUUUAAUGACAGCUAGUUGUGCGUCUUCCAUCUAAUGCCAGAUGAAAAAGUAGUGACAGCAAAUAAGAUUAAUUUUUUUAGAUUCAUGGGUACGAACGUGUCACAAUUGUAGAGGUAAUAGUCUUUUUUCAUUCAUAUCGUGUAGUACGAUAAUCAUUGAAUGAAACAAAGGAUCAUUUGUAGAAUAAGUUUUAUCAAAGGAAUCCAAUUCUUAUGAAUUAUUGUGAUAUGCAUAAGGAUGUGUGAGAUUAGGAGAAACUCCUGACUUCAAAAGUAAGGUAAAGGGUUGUGGUGACACAGCCAAUUAUCUAAAACACAACAUUCAAGAGCUCAAUGAAUGUAUUUUUAUAAAAGCAUGAUUUCUUAUUAUGCUGCAUAACCAUUAAUGCAGAGAAAAAUAUAUGGAUCUAUUUGUAUAUGUAUUAUGUAUAUUUGAAUUUAUUGUGAUACAAAAAGUAUCUAAGUAAUGGUAUUCUGUAAAUACAAACUUUAUAACAGUA